UCGGUCUCCUUCACUCCCUGGAGACGCCUGCAGAGCGUUCUCAUACCGGUGACCAUAUUGUGCUGCGAUAAGAGAAGUAGUAUUGAUAAUAGGAUUGUUUGUGAGGGCUGAUGAUGAAUGAAGAGAAGGUGAAUGAAAUAAUCCACAGAUGGCGAGACACUCUGAGAGAAGAUCUGAAACUGGAGGACUACCAGCAGUUCAGGACCAUGGGAGAAGCUUGUCUUGAUGAGGGGGACAGUGAACAACUCCUAACAUUUCUUCAAGAUGAGAAAAACCAGGGGAUUGUGGCUUCUAUGGGCUGUGAGCUUCUGGCACCUCUUGUAAAAGAAAUGGUUCAAAAGAAGAAGAGUCAAGACCACUGCCAGGCUGCCGUCACUCAACUGACCAAGACUUGCAGCCCUGAAACACUCGUGAAAAGCUUCCUUGAAGUAACUGAAGAUGUUGAUCCAGGCGCCAUUUCUGAAACCAUAAUAACUCUUCUUCCACAUCUUCAAACAGCUCUGCUCCAGCUGGAUGAGAGAAAGGGGGCCUGUGUGGGUUUGGUUCUGUCAGCAGUCCAGAAGCAGCUGUCCCGGCUGCCUGUACCGUACACCCAGCAGCAGGAGGAGGCUGAUGAGCAUGGCCUGUGUCGCUGCUGCUCUGCCUUGGCUGCUUUCAUCAAGCCUUUUGUAGAGGAGGUGAAGAAGAAAGAUGAAAACGCUUCUGCUGAAGACGAGGAGCUGAGGACAGAACUCCUGAAGUUCUGCAUGAGGAGCUUAAGGGAGCCCUUGCUGGAAGCUGAACUGAACAAAGACAGAAAAUCAGCUCUGUGGCUUUACGCAGCCGAGAUCAUGGACAUAUUACUCGUCAUCAAAGAGUCACUCCUGUUCUCCGGUUCUCUGAGGAGAGACAUCCUGGUGGACAAUCUGUCCAAGGAGUCCACAGCAUGUUGGGCCUAUUUGUUGUUCGUCCAGCUCAUCGGCAUAAACAGCUUCCCAGCUGUGUUCAAUCUUGUGUUUCUUCUUCAGUGCAACAUGGAUCACAUCGAUCAACUCCUCAGCUGCAAAAUGGAAUCACAUUUACUCAAAGGACUGGCACUAUUUUCAAAGAGUUUGGAGAUGGUAGAGGACAACAGCCUUCCAGUGGGUCUGCUGGAGCUGAAGAGCUUCAAUAACGCUCCACAGAGACUGCGGCAAGUCCUUACUGACUGUCCAAUCCAACAUUUAAGAGAAUCAGGACUUCAGGUUUUUCAGCUGCUCAUCAACAAACUAGAUGCUGAAGCAAAGCACAAAUUCUUCAGGUGCAUGUUAAAAACCAGCAACCAUGCAGGUGUAGAGAGUUACAUAGUCAAGAACAUCAGGAGUCAAAUCCAACUUUCUAUGAAGGAGGGAAAUGCAAAUAAAUGGUUCUUGGGUGUUGAAUUACUGCCUCUGCUUCAACUGGUUCUGCAUUUACCACAAGCUGCUGAGACAGACCUGCUCACUAACAUGGACAAAAUCAUGGAGAGCCUGAAUCUUUUGCGCUUUUUACUUCUCCGAGACAAAGAACUGAGGAGCUAUGCUGAUAUGUGGGAGGAGCUGAGCAGCAUCAAAGACUCCUACCUAAAAACUCUGCGAGUGUGUCUCAGCAUGUCGAGAGCGUAUUAUUCUGCCGAACUGAAAUCACUGAAGGACGAGCAAAAGCUGAAAGCUAGAGAAACCAAAGAUGCUACUAGAUCCAUCAGAUCAGUCAAACUCACAACAGUGAAGCAUGAAAACAUGUCUGAUAUGUCUCCAGAGGUUCAGUACCAGGUGCUGCAGAGUGCCUUGGUGACGUUCGACCUGAUCGAGAGCCUCAUAGUCCGAAUUGAGGAGAUCACAGAGGAAAAACUGGCAAAAGGUUAAUAACAUUUUCUAUUGUCUGAAUGACUGAAUAAAGCAUUCAGUGACAAAA